CAUAUGUAUGUAUAUGCGUGUAUAUUAGUACAGAAACCUGUGUAAUUAAGUGUAGUUUUAUGCCCAGAUUUAAAAACCCUGUUCUGGAUCUGGACGCUGGUGCAUCAUGGAUGUGUGCCUGUGUGUCUGCACACUUGAUACGUGUUGGCAUCCCUCGGUUCGGCAGGCCUCCUGGGACAAGCCGGGGCUUCACUGCCCGUGGGUGGAGGGCUUGGAUGGGGCUGUUAAUCCCACCAUCGCCCCUUACCGCGUGGGGUGACCAGGCACUUGAGAAGGGAGAGGGGAGGACUGGAGCAGCAGAGCAGUUGUGGACGUUCUGGGCCUGUCAGUGGCGCAUCUGCCACGUUGCUGGGCCUCGAGAUUCAAGAUGGAUGACGCAGUCUCUGACCCUGUGGUAUAGGAAUGCACCCAAACAAGUAAAUGUGGGAACGACGGCGCCGUAAGCACCGUGCUGGAGAGAAGCGCCAAGUGAUGUGGCGGUUAUGUGGAGCCAAACGCAAUUAAGGGGACCUUCCCCACGAGGCAACUAACUCACCAGGUUCUCAAGGGUCUGCUCGUGGCCGCCAGAGGGAGAGGGGGUCUCCCUGUGAGGGAGCAGCCAGGUGUCCAAGUCGCCCCCGGAUGGGCAAGGCCAGGCCUUGUGGGGCCCAUGUGCACACACCUCUGGGGCCUUCCUUGUCCUCCUGUGGAGCCCCCCACCCCGCAACAGCCCUGCAGUCCUGGGGGAGGGGACACAGCUGUGGGAGAGCUUCCUGGGGAGGAGUGCUGAGUGUGAGAGGAGUUGCAGCAGACCCCAGGAUUUCUGACCAGCUCACCACUGAGGGGAUUGGACCGCACGUCAGGCUGCAGAGCCUGUUGUGGGCGGGUUCUCCCGACAGCACGGCCGGCACGCGAGCCCUCACCGUGAUCCUCGUCAGACGUGAUCUUAUGGUACUUCGUCCAGAACAUUUGCUCUUCCCUUCUCUACGGAUGGCGUUGUCUGCAUCCCUUUGCGGCUGUGACUCCCUGCAUGCCGCUUUGUCACCACAGAGGGCAGCUAUUUCCGUCUUCCCACAAGAACGCUCGCUUUACAGGCGUCUGUGGGGCUCAGGCGGUUCAGCUGCUGACUCUUGAUUUCGGCUCAGGUCACGAUCCCACGGUUCGUGAGUUCGAGCCCCUGCAUCAGGCUCUGCACAGAGCCUGCUUAGGAUUCUCUCUCCCCCUCUCUCUCGGCCCCUCCCCCACUUGCGCUCUCUCUUUCUCUCAAAAUAAACUUAAAAAAAGAGAAAAGAGGGGCGCCUGGGUGGCUCAGUCAGUUAAGCGUCCGACUUCGGCUCAGGUCACGAUCUCACUGUCUGUGAGUUCGAGCCCCGCGUCGGGCUCUGUGCUGACUGCUCAGAACCUGGAGCCUGUUUCAGAUUCUGUGUCUCCCUCUCUCUCUCACCCUCCCCCGUUCAUGCUCUGUCUCUCCCUGUCUCAAAAAUAAAUAAAACGUUAAAAAAAAAUUUUUUUUAAAAAAAGAGAGAAAAGAGUGCUCACAUUAGGAGCACAGCCACUUCUUGGGCACACAGUAAGAAAGUCCAGUGUUUAAACUCACAGAAACUACCGUCCUGGAGAGCCAUGGAGGUUUGCCUCUCCUCCCCCUGCAGGUGUUAUCUUUGCAGUGCGAAAAUGACAUGCCCGCUGAUGAAAAUUGAGACAUCGCAGAAGUUAGAAAAUAAGGUAAAAGUGAAGGCCCUGGUCCCUAUCCCCACCCCCAUUCAGUCCACAAUGGUGAUUUCCUCUCAGGAUGGAGCCUUCCAGACUUGCUUCAGUUAAGGUAAAUGCAGCGUGCACAUUUUAUGAAGUGGGCUUCUGUCAUGUACACUGGAUAGGAAGGGAACCCUUUUUUCUUCAUGACUGAACUGUGGUCUUGGACUUCAUUCCACGCUGGUACAGAGUCCUGAGGGCUGUGACAACGGAGGUACCGUUGUUCGUGUCAUCAGUUCUCUGUUGGGUUUGUCCUUGCAUCUUUGGCUCUGUGCGGUUGUGUGAGAAUAUCUGCAGGAGAAAGUUCUAGAAGUGGAAUUGCUGGAGCAAAGGUGUAUGCGUACACUUUAAGUUUUGGAGGUGUUUUCAGACUCUCCCGGAGGACGGGACGAACUGGAGUUCUCCCAGUAGUGCGCGGACAUGGCUGCCUUCCCCCAGCCGCACCACCCCGUGCUCCCAGCCCUCUGAGAUGGACAAGAAGUGGUGUCUCGCUGUUUUAUUUCAUUAUUAGAGGGCUUGAGUGCAUUUCUAUGUGCCUAAAAGCCAUUUGUAUCUCUUUACCCAAUUCAUGAGAGCAAUGUGAGAGAGAAAUCACUUGUUUUAGUAUGAUUCUGGAUGGUAACUUUGUUCGCUGUUUCUCUGUUCAGAAGUUUUUCACCUUUAAUUAAUCGAGUCUGUCUGUCUUUGUGUGGUACUUUAGGAACACUUUACUUAACCCCAAAACUGGAGAAAUAUUUUCCUGCUUUGUUCUGUUCUUUAGUCCAUAGGAGUUUAUUUUUGUGACCAGUGCAGACCAGGGAGCUAACUUCAUGUUUCUUCUGAACGGAGGGCCAAUCGUCCCACCUCUAGUCUGAGCAGUGCGAGGUCUCCUCGCUAAUGUUAUUACCAAAUAAUCAAGCAUUCACUGGGGUCUCAGGCAAACAUGGAGUAUGAGACCCACCUCUGUAGUAAAUACCAAGUUGAUAAAGUGUUCACUGAGGCUAAGAACGGGUUCUGUCAUCUAACGUUGCCAAGAAAAAUAGCUAAAGAUGCACCUGAGAAGCCUAAGCGCGAUGGCCAGACGCUGCUGACUCAGGUGUGGAGGCGCCUGAACCUGACGGAGUGUGACUACUUCGGGCUGGAGUUUCAGCACCCCCGGGCCUACUGGAUUUGGCUCGAACCUAUGAAGCCCAUCACUAGGCAAAUACGGAGGCCAAAGAACGCAUUGCUUCGUCUAGCAGUCAAAUUUUUCCCACCUGAUCCGGGUCAGUUGCAGGAAGAAUAUACAAGGUACUUGUUUGCCUUGCAACUUAAGAGAGACCUCCUGGAGGAGCGUCUGCCCUGUGCGGACACCACGGCGGCCCUUCUGGCAUCCCACCUUCUGCAGUCUGAAAUAGGAGAUUAUGAUGAAACCCUGGAUCGAGAGCACCUUAAAGUGAAUGAGUACCUGCCCAGUCAGGAGCGUUCUCUUGAGAAGAUUCUAGAAUUCCACCGGAAGCACACGGGCCAGACGCCUGCUGAGUCGGAUUUCCAGGUGCUCGAAAUUGCCCGGAAGUUGGAAAUGUAUGGCAUCCGUUUUCACGCCGCUUCUGACAGGGAGGGGGCCAAAAUUAACCUGGCCGUUUCCCACAUGGGUGUCCUCGUGUUCCAGGGCACCACCAAAAUUAACACUUUUAACUGGUCCAGAGUCCGAAAACUCAGCUUCAAGAGGAAAAGGUUUCUCAUCAAACUGCACCCAGAGGUCCGUGGACCUUACCAGGACACACUGGAGUUCUUGUUGGGUAGUAGAGACGGCUGUAAGAACUUCUGGAAGAUCUGUGUGGAGUAUCACACCUUCUUCAGACUCUUUGAUCAACCUCAGCCCAGAGCUAAAGCUGUCUUCUUCAGCAGGGGCUCCUCCUUCAGAUACAGUGGAAGGACUCAGAAGCAGCUGGUGGAUUAUGUCCGAGACAGUGGGGUGAAGAGGGUUCCCUAUGAGAGAAGACACAGCAAGACUCGGAUGUCUAUUCGUGCUCUGACUGCAGACUUGCCAAGACAGAGCGUCUCCUUCACCGAGGGCCUGAGGACCUCUGCGUCCCCGUCUUCAGCAGACGCCUCCUUCUAUUCCGUUCCUACCUCCCCUCUGGCCCUGCGAGGCCUGCCUGAUUUCAGAGACAGCAGUGGCUCCCUCACCGAGCCCCGGGCUCCCGACACCAAGAGGCCAGCCGCAGAGAGGAGCAGCACAGCAGCGGCCGACGGCAACACCAGACGGGCCCAGUCCCCCGGGCCCCCUGCACCGCAGCCUUGUCAAGGCCUUUCCGUGGACAGUCCUCAGCCUUCUCCCUCCGCCCGGAAGAGCCCGCUGAGCCUGAGCCCUGCCUCUCAGGUGACUCUGGGCCCAGCUGAACAGGGCUUGUUCCCCCUCCUGAGCCCUGUCCUUAGCGACGCUGGCGGAGCCAGGACGGACGGCGAGGAGGAGCCAAAACACAAGAGCAUGGCAGCAGAUGAGGCCUAUUUCAUAGCCAAGGAGAUUCUCGCUACAGAACGAACAUACCUGAAGGAUUUAGAAGUUCUCACUGUGUGGUUCCGCAGUGCGGUGGUCAAGGAGGACGCCAUGCCUGCAGAUCUGAUGACCCUGCUCUUCUCCAACAUAGACCCCAUCUACGAGUUCCACAGAGGCUUCCUGCGUGAGGUGGAGCAGAGGCUGGCACUCUGGGAAGGGUCUUCCAGUGCCCAUUCCACAGGCGGCCAUCAACGAAUCGGGGACAUCCUGCUCAGGAACAUGCAUCAGUUAAAGGAGUUCACCAGCUACUUCCAAAGGCACGAUGAAGUCCUGACGGAACUGGAAAAGGCCACCAAACGCUUUAAGAAGCUGGAGACGGUGUACAAAGAGUUUGAGCUCCAGAAAGUCUGCUACUUGCCCCUGAAUGCGUUCCUGCUGAAGCCCAUCCAGCGGCUGGUGCACUACCGCCUGCUGCUCAGCCGGCUGUGCGGGCACUAUGACCCCGGGCACCAUGACUACGCGGACUGCCGUGAUGCCCUCCAGGCCAUCACAGAGAUGACCUCCACACUCCAGCACAGCCUUGCCCGGCUGGAAAACCUCCAGAAGCUGACAGAGCUGCAGCGGGACUUGGUCGGCAUAGAGAAUCUCAUCACUCCCGGCAGGGAGUUCAUCCGCGAGGGCUGCCUUCACAAGCUCACCAAGAAAGGUCUGCAGCAGAGAAUGUUCUUUCUGUUCUCAGAUAUGCUGCUCUACACAAGCAAAGGGGUCACGGGUACCAGCCACUUCCGGAUCCGGGGCCUCCUUCCUCUCCGUGGCAUGCUGCUAAUAGUGCUGGACCCACCGGUAGAAGAGGGCGAGAGCGAGCGGUCUGUUCCACACUGUUUCACCAUUUGUGCAGCUCAGAAAACAGUCGUGGUGGCAGCCAGCACCCGCCUGGAAAAGGAGAAGUGGAUAUGUGACCUGAACACUGCCAUCGACGUGGCCAAGAGCGGGGGUGACCCGUCCCUGGUGCUGCCGGGUAGCGUGCUCUGCGCUCCUCCCUGCAGGUCCUCUGAGGAGGUCUCUCCGGAAAAAGAGUCCGAAGACACUCAUGGCGUCCACGGGUCCCUGGAGGGGCAGGGCCAGCACCGGGCCAACACCACAGUGCACGUGUGCUGGUACCGGAACACCAGCGUCUCCAGAGCCGACCAGAGCGCGGCCGUCGAGAACCAGCUUUCAGGAUACCUGCUGAGAAAAUUCAAAAACAGUAACGGCUGGCAGAAGCUCUGGGUGGUUUUUACCAACUUCUGUUUGUUCUUCUACAAAACUCAUCAGGACGACUACCCCCUGGCCAGCCUCCCGCUGCUGGGCUACAGUGUCAGCGUCCCCAAGGAGGCCGACUGCGUCCACAAGGAGCACGUCUUCAAGCUCCAGUUCAAGUCCCACGUCUACUUCUUCCGGGCUGAGAGCAAGUACACGUUUGAGAGGUGGAUGGAGGUGAUCGAGAGCGCCAGCAGCUCACCCGGGAGGGCCAGGCGCCCCGAGGACGAGGCGUGAAGCCCGCCCUGCCCGAGGAGGGCAGAACCAAGAAGCAGAGCAGGAGCAGCGCUCCGCCGAGGACCGGCCCGGAACGGGAACCAGGGUGGGCCCCACAGCUGCACGCCAGGUGACACGUGUCCACGCAAGUCCAGCAGCAGCCACUCUGGAGCCCGCCCCACAGCCCUCUGGAGGAGAGGACACCAAAGUUCCCACCUGGUCCCGGGAGGGCAAGGGCCUAGAGUUUCUCGGUUCCCCAGGGUUUCCUCACAAAUCAAAGUAAACGGACACGGGCUCUGUUA